UGCAGCUCCGCGCGGCUCCAGCGGCGACAGCAGCGUCUCGCGGGGCGGCCUCGCCCCGGCGGCAGCGCCGGGCGGGCCGGGCUGGGCUGGGCUGGGCUGGGCUGGGCUGAGCUGGGCUGAGCUGGGCGCGGCUCUGCCCGCGUGCCCCGCUCCGCGCGCACGAUUCUUCUGAGUUGUACUUGAAGCCGCCAAAAUGGUUCUCGCAGAUCUUGGAAGAAAAAUAACUUCAGCAUUGCGCUCUCUGAGCAAUGCUACGAUUAUCAAUGAGGAGGUUUUAAAUGCUAUGUUAAAAGAAGUAUGUACAGCAUUACUGGAAGCUGAUGUUAAUAUCAAACUUGUGAAGCAGCUUAGAGAAAAUGUCAAGUCUGCAAUUGAUCUUGAAGAAAUGGCAUCUGGCCUUAACAAAAGGAAAAUGAUUCAGCAUGCAGUCUUUAAGGAGCUUGUUAAGCUUGUAGAUCCUGGAGUCAAAGCAUGGACACCUACCAAAGGAAAACAGAAUAUUAUAAUGUUUGUUGGUUUGCAAGGAAGCGGUAAAACAACAACUUGUUCAAAGUUAGCAUACUUUUAUCAGAGGAAAGGCUGGAAGACCUGUUUGAUAUGUGCAGACACGUACAGAGCAGGUGCUUUUGACCAGUUAAAGCAGAAUGCCACAAAAGCAAGAAUUCCCUUUUAUGGGAGUUACACAGAAAUGGAUCCUGUAAUUAUUGCCUCAGAAGGUGUUGAGAAAUUUAAGAAUGAAAACUUUGAAAUAAUCAUUGUUGAUACAAGCGGACGUCACAAACAAGAAGACUCGUUGUUUGAAGAGAUGUUACAAGUUGCUAAUGCCAUACAACCAGAUAACAUUGUCUAUGUGAUGGAUGCUUCCAUUGGCCAAGCUUGUGAAGCUCAAGCUAAGGCUUUCAAAGAUAAAGUAGAUGUAGCUUCUGUUAUUGUUACGAAGCUCGAUGGACACGCAAAAGGAGGUGGAGCUCUUAGUGCAGUUGCUGCCACAAAGAGUCCUAUUAUUUUUAUUGGAACUGGAGAACACAUAGAUGACUUUGAACCCUUUAAAACACAGCCUUUCAUCAGCAAGCUGCUCGGUAUGGGUGAUAUUGAAGGACUGAUAGAUAAAGUAAAUGAGUUAAAGUUGGAUGACAAUGAAGCGCUCAUAGAAAAGCUAAAACAUGGUCAAUUUACGUUAAGAGAUAUGUAUGAACAAUUCCAAAACAUCAUGAAAAUGGGACCAUUCAGUCAGAUCUUGGGCAUGAUCCCUGGUUUUGGAACUGACUUCAUGAGUAAAGGCAAUGAACAGGAAUCAAUGGCAAGGCUAAAGAAACUGAUGACUAUAAUGGACAGUAUGAAUGAUCAAGAACUUGACAGUACAGAUGGUGCCAAAGUUUUCAGUAAGCAGCCAGGAAGAAUCCAAAGAGUAGCAAGAGGUUCAGGUGUUUCUACCAGAGAUGUUCAGGAGCUUUUGACCCAAUACACUAAGUUUGCACAGAUGGUGAAAAAGAUGGGAGGCAUCAAAGGGCUUUUCAAAGGUGGUGAUAUGUCAAAGAAUGUAAACCCAUCUCAGCUGGCCAAACUGAACCAACAGAUGGCAAAGAUGAUGGAUCCAAGAGUUCUUCAUCAUAUGGUAUGUGACUUCCUUGGGGAAAAGAUUGCAUCUGUUCUGGGGAUAAGCACACCAAAAUACCAAUAUGCAAUUGAUGAGUAUUACAGAAUGAAGAGAGAGGAGGAAGAGGAGGAACAGGAAAACAAGAUGUCAGAAGAAGCAGAAAGACAGCAUCAGGAACAGCAGAACAAGCCACAAGCUGAAGCUCCUGUCCAGACAGACCAGCCUGAAGCAACAGCGUGCUCUUCAUUCGUGAAUGUAAACUUUGAAAAUGAAGGAGAUUGCCCGACAAUUGGGAAAAAUAAACAAGAUGUAGUUCCCGUCCCUCCUUAAGUGUAAAGCUCUGUAUAAUGUAGGAAAUAAGAACUGUCAGGUGUCACAAUCUGGCUAUAAACAGGAAAAUAGGAUUAUACUUGUUCAGUGAAAUGCAACUCCUACCAUUCUUAUUGAUCAGGAGAGAGCUAGGCGAUGUCAGUUCUGUCUGCCUAAUAAAGGCUGAGGCAUUCUGCCAAAUUGGCACUUCAGUUAAAAUGAAAAUUGCACUACAAACAUUUGGUCUAAAAUUGAAUGUGUGAGCUAAUUUCUGUGUAAAGCAAGUAAAAAUGUCUUUUCUUUGAAUUGCUGUGUCUCUAACACCUGUGGAUUGCAGAGGCAGUGCUGUUUCCUACUUCUAAACACCUGUUUCUGAUUUGCACAUUGUUUGCAACUCAGCUCUCUAUGAAUAGAUUAAUAGGAAUUAAUAUCCUGUAACUCACAAUAAUAAGAGUCUGAUUUCCCCUAUUUAUUGUCGCUACUGUAUGCAUGUAUUUUUUUCUGUUGUUAACAUAAGAGAAACUGUUAGAUUUAAUGUUAAUUAGAUUUAAGGGUCCAUUGACUUUUUUUAUUUAAAAAAAAAAAACUUUCCAGGGGGCUAUAAACACCCUUAAGAACUUAGUAACAAGUACCAGCACUCUUGGAGGCUGAUAGUGCUCAGCUGCUCCAUUCAAUGCUGUAGCAAAGUACAGAACUAUUGUAAGUGUAAGACAUUCCCACUAUAAGUUCAAGAAUUAAGAAACCCACGUGCUUGAAUGCAUGCUCUCAAUGGUCCUGGGAAAGAAACUAAAGUCUUGCUAAAUUAUAUUGAGUGCACUGGACACUCUGUAUGGUACCAGUCUAGAACUAUGAAAACUUUUUCAGACAUAGAUUACCCAAGUCCAUGUACUUGAGCGACCUAAACAAACUAUGUGUUUAAUGUUAAAUUACCAGUAAGGGAUGUGCCAUUGCAGGUAUUUUUCUCCCCUCUAGCACAGAAUACUAAAUAACGAGAAACCACAAAACAAACUUGUGACUCUUUCCUUCUCUUAAAUAAACACAGUGUGUUCUGAUACGGCACAUGCAGCAACAGUAAUUUUUAUUUUUGUCCCAAGUGAAGUGCAGGUAGCUCCAAAUCAAAUACUGAUUAAGGCAGUUUUACUGAAAUGACUGUUGUACCUGUAGCUGGUAAAAGGUGAAUGGUUUACUUUGCAACAACCAGAUGUCAGUGCCCUAGGCAUUUUCUAUGGAGAACUGCUGUGGGCAAAGGAGCAGAGAACCUGCACUAGGUAUAGGUACCAUGGUACCUAUAUAUACAUAUACCUAUAUAUACAUAUGUAUAUGUAUAUAUACAUAUACACAUACCUAUACAUAUAGGUACCAUUACUUCUGUCCUUGAGAUUUCCAAAAGAAAAUUUAAAAACAGUCCAAUGUUGCAUUGGGUAUCAUCACAUGUUCCUGGCCUUGCUUUCACUGCCAACUAACUAAGGAGCCUGAUGCAACACCACAGGCCAGGUAACUUGGCUAUUAGUUUCCAGAGUUAUGUGUAUCAGACACCCCUCGGCCUGAACUAGUGUCCUGGGCAGCACAAACUCCUCAUCUAUCUGCAGCAUUCCAUCACUACAGAAAAUGUGAGGAAGAGGAUUCAAUCAUCAUCUCUUCUGUUCUGAUACUUUGCCUCUUUUUGAAUUUUAAGAUAGAGGGCGCUGACCACAGUGUAAAAUCAUUCCUUAGCCCUGAACAUGUGCAAAGGAGAGCUUGGUUCAACACCUGGGGAAUACAAAGAAAACCAGCUUGUUGAGAGUUCUUAUACUGUCAAAGAUAGAAAGCCUCACGUUGCUUGAGUAAUACCUUGACAGCUGAAGGAUGCUUUACUUUUCUUCCAAGAAAUUAAUGUCAGUUGUUUUUUUUACCUUCUCUCCCUAGUAUUUGUUGCAUCAGAAAUACUCUCACUGCCUUGGGUUUAAACUUCUUUGUAUAAAAUACUCUUAUUACUCACUGUGCCUUAACUUAAUCCUUCCUUCAGUUUUUUGCAAACUGUAUGAAAGUUGUUACUUUCAUAUUGGUUUAAUUUUUCUGUAAAUGCAUUAAUUGGUUAUUUUAUAUUUAAUAUAAUUUUUGAACUGGAA